CUCCGUUUAAAACCCCCAUCCAAGCAGCACUCAGAAAAAGGGCGAGGUAGAGGAAAAAGGAGACGAUGGCAGCUGCUUCCUCGCAGCUGAAUACCUUCCUUUCACCUGCCCCUCCUCCUCCUGUGUCCGCCCUCCUCGCCCCCUCCAGACACCGGGCCAGCCUCCACAUCCGGCGAGCCGGCGGCGCCGCCCGUUUCCGGUGCGCCGCCGGGCAAACCGGGUUCUUCAACAGGUUGGGCCGGCUCAUCAAGGAAAAAGCAAAGAGCGACGUGGAGAAGAUUUUCUCCGGCUUCUCCAAGACCCGCGAGAACCUCGCCGUCAUCGACGAGCUUCUCCUCUACUGGAACCUCGCCGACACUGACCGCGUCCUCGAUGAGCUCGAAGAGGCUUUAUUGGUGUCGGACUUUGGGCCCAAGAUCUCUGUGAAGAUUGUGGAUAGCUUGAGGGAUGAUAUAUUAGCCGGGAAGCUCAAGUCCGGAAAUGAGAUAAAGGAUGCUUUGAAAAGGAGUGUUCGAGACUUGUUGACAAGCAAAGGCAAGAAGACAGAGCUUCAGCUAGGAUUCAGGAAACCUGCUGUGAUUAUGGUUGUUGGCGUGAAUGGUGGUGGAAAGACAACUUCUCUUGGAAAGCUUGCUCAUAGAUUAAAGAAAGAAGGGGUAAAGGUACUAAUGGCAGCUGGUGAUACUUUCAGAGCAGCAGCUAGUGAGCAGCUGGAGGUAUGGGCUGAGAGAACUGGAUCAGAGAUAGUUAUUGCAGAAGGUGAGAAGAUCAAAGCCCCAUCAGUUCUUACACAGGCUGUAAAAAGAGGGAAGGAGCAACGAUAUGACGUAGUUUUAUGUGAUACAUCUGGACGUCUGCACACAAAUUACAGCCUCAUGGAAGAGUUGGUUUCGUGCAAGAAAGCUAUUGCUAAAGUUAUCCCUGGUGCUCCAAAUGAGAUUUUGCAAGUUUUGGAUGGGACAACUGGUUUGAAUAUGCUACAGCAGGCAAGAGAAUUUAAUGAAGUAGUUGGAGUUACAGGACUGAUCUUGACGAAGUUAGAUGGUUCUGCUCGUGGUGGCUGUGUGGUCAGCGUUGUAGAUGAACUUGGUAUCCCUGUAAAAUUUGUGGGUGUUGGUGAAGGGUUAGAUGAUCUUCAACCAUUUGAUGCUGAAGCCUUUGUUAAUGCCAUCUUCUCUUAGGGUUCUUAGGAAGCCAUUGUUGUACCAUCAUGUACAGCUGUUUUGCAGGUUCUACUGCUAUUCUUUUUUCUUGUUCAAAAAAUUUGAUGUUUAUGCUCAUAUUUUGCUUAAUAAAGCUUUCUGAGUGUAGAAAUCUCCAAGCCAUCUCCUUGUAUA